AUGGCUAUGAACAAGGUUCCCGGCUAUAACAUCUACAUCGGAGGCGUAUUCGCCCUGAAGAAUAAGGUUGCCAUGAGCGGCGCCAACAUCACCCAUGUCCUUUCAGUGAUCCGAUUACGGCCGAAGGAUGAUUUGUUCGCUGGCUACCAGCAUCACCGCAUCGAGGUCGAUGACUUAGAUGAUGAGAAUCUACUUGAGCAUUUUCCGUCAGCCAUCAAGUUCAUCCAGUCUGGCUUAGAUGCAGGUGGCGGCGUGCUAGUUCAUUGGCCACUAACAGCAUCCAGCGCAAUGGGGAAAUCCCGCUCCGCAACUGUCUGCAUUGCAUACCUUUUGCGUCGGCAACGGAAUGCGCUCACACCGCAGUCCGCUCUUGCUCUUCUUAGGGAAUCCCGACCGCUAUGUGAACCCAACCCGGGGUUCAUGGAGCAGCUCAAUGUUUACUACCAAAUGGGAUGCCCUGAUGAUGUCACUUCGCACCCUCUCUACAGCCGUUGGCUUUAUCGCCGAGAGGUUGAAGAGAGCGUUGCCUGCGGGCGUGCUCCCGAGAUGGACUCCGUUUAUUUCGAAGACGAACAGCCGCACCAGAAUGUAGCUACCACGGGUCCAGCAACGGAGAUAAAAUGCCGCAAAUGCAGGCGAAAGCUGGCGAUCGCACCAUUUGUUGUUCCACAUGGAUCCCAUGGGGAUGUAAAGGGCGCAAUAAUCUCUGAGUGCGCACACAUAUUCAUGAGUCCGCUAACAUGGAUGCGACCUAGUCUUUUCCCUGACACCCCUGGGGAUGCACCUUUGUCAGGCCGGUUGACAUGUCCCAAUUCCUCAUGCGGAUCCAACAUUGGAAAGUUUGCGUGGCAGGGAAUGCAAUGUAGCUGCGGCGACUGGGUUGUCCCUGCAAUUGGCCUUGCGAGGGCAAGAGUGGACAUCUCGGAGCCAGUCACCAUCCGACGGGGCCCCGGUUUACCUUCUGGUAUCCGCUUGCCACCGAAUAUGAGACCUAUUAUAGGUGCCGCUGGUGUCAAGCCUGAAAGUGAAAGGGAUACCGCGAAAGGCAGCCUUUGA